ACUCAUGUCUUUUAUUUUCUUAUUCUCUCCAGGUACCAGGCCAAUCAGCAGCACCCUGAGGCCCAGCAUGUGAUGCCGUACCACAGCUUUGGUCACUACACCGACGGCUACAUGGAGGAGCCCGUCAUGGCGGAGCUGUCUGUCCACAGGGAACCAUCGGAAUACCAGGAACCCUUUUACCACAGCUUCCCUCCAGCAUCAAAUCAUUACCAGGAGCAGAUCAGCCAGCCGAGCUUCACGGAGCAUCAGCAGAACCUGCAGCCCCCUGCAGCCCCCCAGCAGACUCAGCAUCAACAUAUGAUCCAGCAGCAGCAGCAGCAGCAACCUAACAUCCAACCUCAUGGCUCCCCUCAAGUUUUAACGCCAGUAAAGAAGAAAAGAGGUCGACCCUCUAAGCAGCAGGCGGAGGAAAAGCAGAUCAAGGAGGAGGUGGACGAAGCAGAAGCUGCCAAGAAAGCAAAAAGGGUUCUGAACCGGUUCAACGGCAUGAGUGUGGCGGAAGUCAUGAACAAAACGCUCCCUGAUGUUCUAACCUACAACCUGGACAUUUUAAUAAUCGGAAUAAACCCUGGACUGAUAUCCGCCUACAAAGGACACCAUUACCCAAACCCAGGAAACCAUUUCUGUAGGUACCUGAGUGAAACCCAGUACUCAUUUGAUCUGCAGCUUGCUAAAGAGGAUGCUAAAAGGAUCGCGAUCAAAGAGGAGCAAGUGGAUCCAGAAUAUGAAAGCUGCAGUGGGCUUAAUGACGGAGAAAGGGGGGGCACCUGAGAAAGAGGAGGGGGAGAAACGGGCCAUCUACUGUAGCACUCAGGUAGGGGGGGGUUCUGUGAACGCAAAAUGUUACUAAAGACUCCUGUUCAAAGCAGGUUGAACAUGUGGGUUGGUGUCUAAACAGACAAAAUAUCGCACUGAUCACCAUAUUCCUAUUAGUGAGGGAAAAAUUCACAAGAAUCAUAUAUUUCUAACAGUUACCAAUUUAAAACUGUAAACUAUUAACCAUAUUGAUUCCCCUCAAUGCUGCACUGACCUUGAACUUUACAAAGAGGUUUGUUUACAUGUAUGAGGUAAGGUGGGACAAAAUGGUCAUGAGUGGGUCUCACACAGGAGAACCAUUUGGCAAAUGUUAAACUGCUUGCAGCUGAAGCGUAAUCGCACACCGGGCCUCUAUCAGUAUAAGGUAUGGAUUAUAUUCAAAUCAAUGCAAUAAUAUCCUUUUGAUGGUAGUACAUUUAUACCAUCAUUUUUAGCUUCCUUUCUCUGGAGUUCGUAUUCAUAACUUUUCUUAAAUAGCUCUUAAAGAGACAUUGAAUUCAAUUCAGUUUAUUUAUAUAGGUGCCAAUUCACAACACAUGUCAUCUCAAGGAACUUUACAGAGAUAAAUCAACCAGAUCAUACAGUCAGAUUGGU